CCUUCCACUCAGGUACUGAUUUAGCCAAAAGUUCUUCCGCGGCAUCAAUUGUCAGAAAUUUGCUUCCGUACACUUUCCUUCUCUGUCCAACCUUGAACUCGGUUAUGCCGCCGCACAUCCACGACGCUUUCGACCGUUAUUCUACGAUGGAGCACCAGUACUAUGAUGGGGAUCAGUACUAUGACGCUAAUCUCCCAAUUUCUACGCAUUACGAUUAUUCUUCGUAUCAGCCUUACUCGUAUUACAUUCCCGACAACAUGGUGCUCGCGGUACCAGACCCACAGGGCGAGCAACAAUUGAUUCAGACUCCUGUUAACGAAUACCACCCCAAUGCUGACAUCUUCGCAACUUCCUCCAUUCAUUCUGUACCACCAGAUUCGUCAUCUCUAACCUCGACUGAUUUCCAUGAUGCAGUAGCAUAUCCCAGCAUCCCGACAUAUACUUCUGACAGAAGACCGUCGUAUCCCUCGAGCUGGGCACAAGACGUCAGAAAUAAUUCUGCUCAUGUUGCGGCUGCCCAGUCUUCAGAGUACCGAGCAACGAUCGCGCGCCUCAGCGAUGAUUUUCUUGCAAGCGCGUCGUCGCUGUUUGGAGGAUCUACUUCGCGGACUCGCAACACGUCCGCUGCCUUGAGUGGACCCACAACCCCUCACCAGAGCCCUAUGCGAACCAGCAAUCAUACCCCUGCCAGGAAACGCUCAUUGGAAGCCAUGAAUGAGGGGGUCUUUGUUGAUCAGCAACUUGACGCCCAUGCAACCACCCAAGAUCCAAGAUACCUUCCUCAGCCUCAUAUGAUUGUUCCUUCUCAAAAUAGAGUUGUACAUGCACACCAGCUUCCUCAGGGUUCACCACACAGUAGCGGGUCUCAAAGCAUCCUGAGGUCUUCCCCUCGUCCUUUUAGACAUUCCCUUUCGCCAGAUUCAUUACUGUUACGUGAAGAAGGACGACCAGUAUCCCACCAGCCCAACAAAAGGCCCCAUCGCUCCGAGGAGAUCAUCCGCCAUUCUCAAACUACUUCAACUGCCCCUACAACGUGGCCAGCGCCAGUGGAGCCUCUAAUGAAAGUCAGCGCCUCGAGGAAAACCGGCGAGCAGAAGAAGCAAGCCCUUGCUUGCCUAUUCUGUAGAGAAAGGAAAAUAGCCUGUGGCAGACCCCCUGCCCAUAGCCCGGACCAGACCUGCAACCAAUGCGCGCGACGCCGCAUGAAAUGCGAAUAUCCGACGGAAUCCCGUCGAGGACAGCAUAAACGUAUCCGGCGCAAGCCAACCGAGGAAUGUAUUGGAGCUUCCAAUUCGUCUUCGACUUCCCAUUCAGUACCAAAUACGCCACCUGUCGUUGCAUUAACGGCUUGAAUGAAUUGCACGUGUCGAUGUACAGCAAAAGUUGAUGACUGUCUAACGAAACACUAUAGAUAUAUGCUGUAUUGCCUACUUGAAGGGCUUCCCGUGACCUUUAUUCACGCAUACCUAUUUCGUAUUGAUUCCCUUUCUAAUUGUUAAUUAUUAUUACCUGACCGCGUCAGUUACUGUCCUUGCAAUAUUCCUACGUUCGUUGACUUGUAUUCUCUUGCUGCAUGUUCUUUUCCCUUGGUCCGAGUUGGACUGUAGUAUAUUUGCUUUAAUAAACAUCAUACAUAGAUCUUGUCUCCUUAGGCGCUUUAGGUUCACUCUUACAUAAAUAACUUCCAGAAGUUCCAGGGGCGUUUAUGAACUUUGCAUGGUGUGUGGUAGGCGCUCAUCCC